AAAUUAGGUAAAACCUGCAGUGAAAUAAAACUGCACAGUCCACAAGCUACAAGUGGAUCGUAUGUUAUCGACCCCGAUGGAGAAGAAAGCUACGAACCAUUCACUGUUCAUUGUGACAUGACAGACAAGAACGGAGUUGGUGUGACAGUUGUUGGUCAUGAUAGUGAACAGAGGACCCUGAUCGAUGGCUGUGAAGCUCCAGGAUGCUAUGUACGUGAUAUUCAUUACACAGGAAGCGGCCUGACAAGCAAUGCUCAAUUGUUUGGUCUUCUGGACAUCUCUACACAUUGUGAGCAGUUUAUCAAAUACGAAUGUUAUGGCUCUGUCUUACACAGCGGUAAGCAAUUUGGAUGGUGGGUCUCACGUGACAACGUUAAAAUGACGUACUGGGGAGGGGCCACUCCUGCAGAUUCCUACAAGUGCGCAUGCGGGGUGAACAACACAUGUGCAGACAGACGCCGUGGAUGUAACUGCGAUAAGAAUGAUGGCGUGUGGCGUGAGGACAGCGGUCUCCUUACUGAAAAGUCUGACCUUCCAGUUUUACAGCUGAGAUUUGGAGAUACAGGUGGUUCAAGAGAAAAAGGUUACCACACGCUUGGGAAACUCAAGUGCUACGGAGCUCAGUAG